AUGGCCAGGUCCUACCAGAUUAAGAGCCAGCGACUCAAGUUGAGUGCUGUUGGACACGUGCUUUUGGCCUUUCUCGGUGUCUUUGUGCUACUCAGCCUGUUUUCUAAUCACCACAAAAUUGCAACCCCAGGGGCAUCUCAGCGUACCCCGACAAUAGGCAAGGUGACGAUGAUAUACGGGAGCCAUUCGAUCUACGAGAGAACUUUGGAGACGCACAAGGAGCACAGUCGGCGACUGGGCUACCCUCUUACGGUUCUGCGGAAUCCGAUACUGAAUGGCAUUUGGAACAAGCUCGCCAUUCUUCAGUCAGUCUUGCUCCGGGAACUGGAAAAGCCGGCCGAUCAGCGAUUGCAGUGGCUCUUUUGGUUCGACAGCGACACGGUGCUGAUGAAUCCUAACAUGCCGCUGGAGGCAUUUCUUCCCCCGCCGGAAUUGUCCAACAUGCACCUGUUGGCGAGCAGGGACUGGAAUGGGCUACACAGCGGGGACUUUUUCCUUCGCGUUCAUCCCUGGUCCGUGGAAUUGCUUUCUGCCGCCCUCGCCUACCCGGUUGUGAAGCCUAACGUCCAGCUUAUGUGGAUCGAGCAGUCCGCCAUCAACAAUGUCUUGGCCGAGAACGAGUACUUUGCUCGAUCGACCGUGUACUGCCCGCUCCGGUGGUUCAAUGCCUACAUGAGACAUCCAAACGGGGUAGAUCUCAACCCUGAUACUCCGCUGCAUCUCCAGGUGUCCCCUGGUGACCUCCUCGUUCACUUUCCGGGAACCCCAAAAGCCAAUUUGACGCAGAUCCUGACGCCGUAUCUUGAGAUAGCAGAAUCACAUAGUAGGGACUGGGAGGUCCCACUGGAGGAGACGAGGUAUAUAGACGAGACGAAAAGGUUCUGGGCGGACUUGCGUUUUGGCUCGUUCGGUCGGAUAACCUCUAUCCCUGAAACGAUCGGUGCAGAUGCUGCGAAAGGUAAUUAG